AUGAAGCUCAUCCCUUCAUCUCUAUUGUCAUUCAACAAACGUAAAGAAACAUGGCUAUGGCCUUCUUGUAAGAAUCCCAAAACCCUUUCUUUUCGAGUCGCUUCCGGCGACAUCAUUUUUAAAACCGUCAAUUCCGUCUUCUUUGAUCCCAAGUAUUCGCAGCCGGAAGCAGAAACACUGACAACCCCCGACUCCUAUUUCACCAACUCCUCGGAAUCUGCUAGCAUUUCGACAGAGUCCGAGGAGUAUUUGAACACCAAUGAGUACGGAUCCUCGUUGGAGACGAUUGUUCGUGGGGCCAGGUCAGAACGUUUGUUCUUUGAACCUGGCCCCGUUACCAGUUCCAUCCUUGAAGGUAACAAGCAAUGUGCGCAUGCAGAGAUUGGUGGUGAUGGUGGUGGCGGCGGUGGCGGCGGUGAUGAGAGUGGUGGUGACGGCGGUAUACCGUAUAAAGAAAGCGUGGCGAUGGCAAUUGAAUCGGACGAUCCACAUGGGGAUUUCAAGAAAUCGAUGGAGGAGAUGGUGGAGAGGCAUGGAUUGAAAGAGUGGGAGUGUUUGGAGGAGUUGUUAGGGUGGUAUUUAAGGAUGAAUGGGAAGAACCACCAUGAGCUUAUUGUUGGGGCCUUUGUUGAUUUGCUCGCCGGAAUCUCUGGUGGCGGCAGUAGCGGCGGCGGCUAUGGCGGAACCGAUGGUGGUGGUGGUGGUUCUUCUUGUGAUCAUUCCACAAUUUCUUUCACUUCUGUUGCUUCUACUUUUACUUCUCCCAUUUCUUCUCCUUUGUCCAAAGGUGGUGGUGAGAAGAUCAUUGAGGAGGAAAAGAUAAUAAUUAACCAUUAA